AUAACUUGAAAUGCUUGUUAUGGUUAACUUCGAUGACGCAGAACGAAUGCGUUGCACGGAAAUGUUUGGUGCGCCGAUGAAUUAGGUCCGAGUAGCAACAUACACCUCCGUAGUCGUUUUUCCAUCGAGAGGGGAGCAGACUAUGAUCUCCAGCGGUCCGACCAGACAGCUGGCAGACGGACCGACUGCGUCUCUGCUGAGAUGCCUGUAUUGAGCCGAGAGAUGCAGAUGCGGUCUGACUGGUUCCUCUGUCUGGACUAAAGCCUCUCUGAACUAAAACCAGGGGACGGAUCCCUGAACUAUGGACACACCUGAAAGGUGUUCCUGUCAUGCUCAGGGCUGAGGAGGAGAGCUGUUGAGGAGAAGGAGAUGGGCUGCACCUCUGCUAAGCAGGUGUCUGCCGUGCCCAACGGUGAGGAGGGCCAGAAUAAAGCCUACAGCAACGGAGACCUCCUCUCUGAUGAGUACAAGAUGAAAGGAGUGGAGAAAGUCAAGUACAUCAAUGGAGAAGAGGCAGGAGUGGACGGCCAGGACAGCACAGAGAAAAGUGCUCUCCUUGGUAAAGGUCAAUACACAGAUGACACAGGAUCAAAUGGAAAUGGAAAGAUUCUAAGCAUCCACUCCUCAGAGAGUCAACAAGAAUUCUUCAGGAUGCUGGAUGAGAAAAUUGAAAAGGGCCGGGACUACUGCUCAGAGGAGGAGGAGGAUAUGACAUAGCCCUCUGGUCCCGUAUCCAUCAUUCCCAGCGUUAUGGACAAAGCGUAGAAUGUGACACCAUGUCCCAGGCGACCCCAGCCUGUUUUGACUGUCCCAUGUAUGUACACACCUGAGAAGAAUGGAUUGCUGGCUUCAAAAAGCACAUUUUUCCCUCCCGCUCACAACCUGCGCGUCUGAUCAACUCCAACAAAGAUUACAACCAAAAUUUAUUUCAAGGUUCCCCAAAGGGAGAGGAGAUUUAAGUUUUCUUCGUUAACGAAGCCAUUUCUGAGGUCGGAGAUCUGGGGAUCUAACCCUUUUCUUUCCCAGCUGGGAAGACUCCUGAAAGGUUAGUAGAGAACAUGGCUGCCGCUGAGAAACAUGAGGACUGCUGUCAGUGUAGAUUUCUUACAGCUGAAGCCACCAGUGCUCUCGAGGACACUGACUCAUGAUGAAAAUAACGUCUUUGCGUCGUUUUUGAAUCGUUCGUCCCUGAAUGCCUCCCUGACAAGUCAAUGGGCCGGAAACUUCCUGCAUUCCAAGACACAGUAUGAACCUCUUUUCUACAGUACGUCGGCCAGUACGUUGUGCUCGUCUGUCCAUGUCCGUUUCUGUUACGAUGUAGAGUAUUUAUGUUGAAUAAGGCUCAGGGUUGAAGUGUUGUAAUCAUUGUCUCAUGUAGUAAAGUCCCUCCUCUCAUUAAGACACUGUUAACACUUUUAAAAAGACACACAUGCACUCACGCGCCGGGGUUACUGAUGUCAGUCCCUGCGUCAGUAUCUGUCCCAUGUAACCCUAUAAAGGUGGACACUACUACGUCACAUAUACGUCUGAUUAUAUCAUUUGUUCACCAGUGUUAUCUCAUUGUGUUCAGUUUCUAUGUUGAAUUUUUUUGUUUUUUUAGGAAAAUAAAAAGUGUUUUGAGUAAUAUA